AUAACCUCAAUUUCCUUUUUGGGCUUAUAGGCUGAAUUUGGAAUACCAGGUGUCAGGAAGUGGAUAGGCAAAUAUUUUGGUUAAUUAAGUUAUGGCUUAAUUAUACUUGUUUGGCUUAAUUAUACUUGUUUGAUCAAACUUAUAGAGUAUUAUAACCCUGCACUUAAUAGUAGUGAUAAGUGACAUAGGUAUAUUAGUGAUUUUGAAUUAUUUUGUCAUUAAUAAUUAAGAAAAAUUAAUAUUUGACUAGGUAUUUGAUCAAUCAGAAAAUGGGCUGGCUUCUUUAGGAGGCACUCCUAAAUAAUCAUACCUGGAAAUAAAUUUUAUUCAUUGAUUACUACAUUAUGAGUAAUUAAUCUUCUGAUUUUUUUUACGUUAAGUUUAAAACUUAUAUAAAGACACAAGGUAAAAGAAAUAAAAAUCAAAUGUGAUUAUUUCAAGAUACACCAGCACGUGAGGCGAAAUGACGUGAACGUGUUUGAGCGGUCGGGCACCCACAAGUACAACGAUUCACACCAGUGUAGUGACAAUCACCAUUAGCUUCAUAUAAGGUGGAGGAGGGGCAGUCGGACCGCAAUAUGCUGGUGCAAGGUUGCCAGAUCGCCGUCCUGCUCGCACUGGCAACGUCGCAGGUCCUCGCUAGCGGUGGCAACUUCUCUCUAUUCCCAUACAUCCAAUAUCUCACUCAUCCUCCAGAAAUCACUCUACGUCCCCGAAAUCAGCAGGUGAAGGCAGGGGGGAUCGCCGCCUUCUACUGCGCCGCCAGGGGAGACCCCGGCCCCGUCAUCCUGUGGCGCAAGAACGGCAAGAAGGUGUCAGGCACACAGAGCCGCUACCUGGUGCAGGAGUUCAACCAGGGGUCGGCCAGUCUGCUGAGGAUAGAACCGGUGCGACCCAACAGGGACGACGCCACCUACGAGUGUGUCGCUGAGAACGGGGUUGGAGACGCGGUCAGCGCCGACGCUGCUCUCACCGUCUAUGAAAUGGACAAGCUGCCAGGUGGCUUCCCGGAGAUCACGCUGCCGCCCAGCACCAAGGUAGUGGAGAUAGGACACAACGCCGUCCUUGUGUGCUCGGCCGCAGGGAGUCCGCCUCCCAGGAUCACUUGGGUCCGGGAGAUGGUGCCUGUAGACACCGCCAACAACCCCAGAUACACCGUCCUUGAGUCUGGUAGACCAGGAGCCCUCCAGAUAACCAACAGCAUGGAAGAGGACCAGGGAAAAUACGAGUGUGUGGCCGAGAACAGCGUGGGCACGGAGUACUCCCACUCGACCAUGCUCUACGUCAAAGUGCGCCGUGUGCCGCCGUCAUUCUCGAUCCCGCCGCCACCUCAGCACGAGGUGAUGCUGGGGCAGGACCUGAACUUGACGUGUGUGGCCGUGGGGUCGCCCAUGCCCUACGUCAAGUGGAGGCGGGGUCCAGCCACCGACUUGACUCCGGAGGACAAGUUGCCCAUAGGCCGCAACGUGCUGGAACUCACCGGUAUCCAGGAGUCGGCCAACUACACCUGUGUCGCCGCCAGCGCACUGGGCGUCAUCGAAGCCACCACCCACGUUAAAGUCCAGUCGCUGCCCGGGCCGCCGACGAACAUCCAAGUAUCGGACAUCACGGCGACUUCGGUCCGCUUGACGUGGGCUUAUCCUUCGGAGGAUCUCCAGUACUACGUCAUCACGUACAAGCCCAAGUACGCCAACCAGGCCUUCAGCGAGAUCUCAGGUAUCAUCACCAUGCACUACACGGUGCGCUCGCUCAGCCCCUACACGGAGUACGAGAUGUACGUCAUAGCCGUCAAUAACAUCGGCCGUGGCCCGCCCAGCUCGCCCGUCAUCGUCACUACGGGAGAGACAGUGGAUCAACCAGGCACAAAACCCGGAUCUGCACCUCGCAACGUCCAAGUGAGACCUCUCAGUUCGAGUACCAUGGUGAUACAGUGGGAUGAACCAGAGACUCCUAACGGUCAAGUUACAGGCUACAAGGUGUAUUACACAGAGAACGCCCAGCUGCCAAUGGCCUCUUGGGAGUCGCAGAUGGUGGACAACAACCAGCUUACCACCAUCAGUGAACUGACUCCUCACACCAUCUACACUAUACGAGUACAAGCCUUCACUAGUGUGGGACCCGGUCCACUCUCUGCCCCUGUUCUGGUCAAGACUCAGCAGGGAGUGCCCAGUCAGCCCAGCAACUUGAUCACCACUGAUGUGGGAGAAACUUCUGUCUCACUGCAGUGGAGCAAACCUUCCCACUCUGGAGAAAACAUUGUCAGUUAUGAGCUCUACUGGAAUGACACCUACGCCAAGGAGAAGCACCAUCGGCGGAUACCCAUUUCAGAGAGUUAUACGCUGUCUGGACUCUACCCCAAUACCCUGUACUACAUCUGGUUGGCAGCUCGGUCACAAAGGGGGGAGGGUGCCACCACCCCUCCCAUCCCUGUGCGGACCAAACAGUACGUGCCAGGAGCCCCACCGCAGAAUGUGAGUGGAGUGGCGGAGGGCCCCACUUCCAUCCGAGUUUCGUGGGAGCCUCCGCCAGCAGAACGGAGCAAUGGUCGGAUCGUCUACUACAAGCUCCACGUUGUGGAAGCGAGCCGAAGUGACUCCGAGGCUGCAGAGGUGAAACUCAACGCCACGUCUUUUGUUGUCGACGAGCUGAAACGCUGGACUGAGUACCGGAUCUGGGUGCUGGCAGGGACCAGUGUGGGUGAUGGCCCACCCUCUUACCCCAUCACUGUCAGAACACACGAAGACGUCCCGGGUGACCCUCAGGACGUGAAAGUCCAAGCCAUCAACUCGACGGCAAUCCAUGUUCAGUGGAAACCUCCAGUGGAGAAGGAACGCAACGGAAUAAUCCGUGGCUAUCAUAUCCAUGUGCAAGAAACCAAGGAAGAGGGCAAGAGUCUAUUGAACGAGCCGAUGAGGUUCGACGUGCUGGAUGGUGCAGCUCUGGAGCUCAACGUGUCAGGCCUCCAACCGGACACUAAGUAUGCGGUGCAGGUGGCAGCUCUGACACGGAAAGGUGACGGGGACCGGAGCCAACCGGUCAGUGUCAAGACACCUGGAGGAGUGCCCAACCGACCCACAGUCAAUCUCAAGAUCCUUGAGAGAGAGCCAGAAGUGAGCAUCGAGCUUGAGUGGACCAGGCCCACAAUGACCUAUGGGGAGCUGUUGGGUUACCGUCUGCGGUACGGAGUCAAGGAGAACCCCCUUAAAGAAGAGCUCACCAAGGCUACAUCUCACAAGAUCAGCCAACUGGAACGUGGAGUCGAGUAUGAGUUCCGAAUUGCUGGACAGAACAAUAUAGGGUAUGGACAGGAGACAAUCAAGUACCUGUUAACACCAGAGGGUCCACCCACUGGACCUCCUGCAAACCUGAGCCAUCGCUUCCAGACCCCAGAUGUCGUCUGCGUGACCUGGGACCAACCGAGCAGGGCAGAUCGCAACGGUCAGGUCACCCACUAUGAUGUGCAGUUCCACAAAAAGAGUGACCAGUCCACCAUCAUGGACAGGAACACCACCGUAACCAGGGCGGUGUUUUCCAACCUGGAGGAGAGUGCUGAGUAUGUAUUCCGAGUACGAGCGCACACACGUGCGGGUGCUGGUCCUUGGAGUGAGCGGGAGCCGGUCACCACAGACCGUGACAUUGUGAGAGCGCCCAUGGGAGUAAGGGCAGUAGCCACGUCUGACCAGAGUGUCGAGGUGUGGUGGGAAACUGUACCCAGCCGAGGGAAGAUCAUCGGUUACCAGUUGUACUACACGAUGACAGCUGUAGAAGAUUUGGAUGAAUGGCAGCAGAAAACAGUGGCCUUAACAGAAUCUGCCGAUCUUGUAAAUUUAGAAAAAUAUGCACAGUAUGCAAUAGCUGUUGCAGCUCGUACGAAAAAUGGCAAGGGACGUUUGUCAGAGAAGGUAACAGUGAAGGUUAAGCCAGAAGAUGUUCCCCUCAGUCUAAGAGCUCAUGAGGUCAGCACUCACAGCAUGACACUGACGUGGGCCCCUCCCAUCCGUCUAAACCCCAAUAACUAUAAGAUAUCAUACGAUGCAGUCAAGGAGUUUGUGGAUUCACAAGGUAUCACUCAGACUCAGGUGGUUCCUCGACGCACUGUGCUGCUGGACCCAGACACGCGCUCCCACACUAUCAACGAGCUAUCCCCAUUCACCACGUACAACGUGAAUGUCUCAGCGAUACCCUCAGACCACACAUAUAGACCCCCUACUCGCAUCACAGUCACCACCCAGAUGGCAGCACCUCAGCCCAUGGUCAAGCCUGACUUCUAUGGUGUUGUCAGUGGGGAAGAGAUUCAGGUUAUUUUACCACAAGCGUCCGAGGAGUAUGGACCAAUAAACACCUACUAUUUGUGUGUUGUGCCAGAGGACAAAAUGAAUAUGCACAAGAAUCCGGACCAAUUUCAGUUGGAUGAGCUCGUCACCAACAGCAAGUCUAAUAAGAACGACAGAGUGCCUUAUAUUGCUGCCAAAUUUCCACAACGAAAUAUCCCUUAUACUUUCCACCUCGGCAGUGGAGAUUCUUAUGAGGGAUUUGUCAACCGGAAACUGGACAGAACGAUGCGCUACCGUAUAUUUGUUAGGGCCAUCGUAGACACGCCUUACAAGCACCUCUUCACGUCCAGCCCUUUCUCCGAGCCACUCUCGCUGGACAUGCGAGAGGUGCCCCCUGGUGACCCACCCCGCCGCCCCAACCCAAACAUCCUCACGGACAUCUCCGAAGUCAGUGUCAACCGCAACACCGAAGAAGCAGGAAUGGUCUGGGUUAUAGGCCCGAUUAUAGCGGCUCUCAUGCUCUCCGUAUGUCUUGUUAUGCUCUUCAUCAUCAAGAAGCGCAGACAGCCAUGCAAGUCGCCCGAUCAAUCAGCAGUCACUCGACCUCUCAUGAGCGGAGAGAUGGCAACAAGCCAGGCCCCGAAGGACCCUGUGGAGAUGAGACGACUCAAAUUCCAAACCCCUGGAAUGAUUUCACAUCCUCCUAUCCCAGUCACCGAACUGUCGAACCACAUCGAUCGCCUUAAAGCCAACGACAAUCUAAAAUUCUCUCAAGAAUAUGAGUCCAUCGAACCCGGCCAGCAGUUUACAUGGGAUCAUUCGGGCAUGGAGGUGAACAAGCCCAAGAACAGGUACGCCAAUGUGAUUGCGUACGACCACUCGCGUGUGAUACUGCAGCCUAUAGAGGGCAUACUGGGCAGUGACUACAUCAAUGCUAACUACUGUGAUGGUUACCGCAAACACAACGCUUACGUAGCCACACAGGGACCCUUGCAAGAUACUUGUGGUGACUUUUGGCGGAUGUGUUGGGAACUGCGCUCUGCGACAAUUGUGAUGAUGACAAAGCUGGAAGAGAGGACUAGGAUCAAGUGUGACCAAUACUGGCCGUCACGUGGCACUGAGACAUAUGGACUAGUUACAGUCACACUCAGCGAUGUGCAAGAGUUGGCCACUUACUGCAUUCGCAGCUUCCACAUCAACAAGGCUGGACACACUGAGAGGAGGGAAGUGAAGCAGUUGCAGUUCACGGCGUGGCCGGACCACGGCGUGCCAGACCACCCGGCACCAUUCCUACAGUUCCUGCGGCGCGUUAGGGGAUGCAAUCCACAAGAUGCCGGCCCCAUCAUAGUACAUUGCAGUGCCGGUGUGGGCCGCACUGGAUGCUUCAUCGUGAUUGAUUCCAUGAUUGAGCGCAUGCAUCAUGAGAAGAGUAUCGACAUCUACGGUCACGUUACCUGCUUGCGUGCACAGCGCAACUACAUGGUCCAGACAGAGGAUCAGUACAUCUUCAUUCAUGAUGCUCUACUGGAGGCUGUGAUCUGUGGUAACACUGAGGUGCCAGCCCGUAACCUCCAUCAGCACAUCAACCGCCUCAUGCAGACUGAGCUUGGAGACCCUAUCACUGGCAUGGAGCUAGAGUUUAAGAAACUAUCGAACAUCCGGUGCGACUCGAGCCGAUUUGUUUCUGCCAGUCUGCCAUGUAACAAACACAAGAACCGACUCGUACAUAUACUGCCAGUGGAGAGCACACGGGUCUGCCUGACACCUCUACGCGGUGUGGAUGGUUCAGACUACAUUAAUGCCAGUCUAAUAGACGGCUACAGGCAGCGUGGUGCUUACAUUGCCACCCAAGGUCCACUUCAGGAUACCACUGAGGAUCUCUGGCGCAUGCUGUGGGAGCAUAACUCCACCAUUGUCGUCAUGCUGACCAAGCUCAAGGAGAUGGGCAGGGAGAAGUGCCAUCAGUACUGGCCUAGUGAGCGGUCAGUGCGCUAUCAGUGCUUCGUGGUAGACCCUAUAGCAGAGUACAACAUGCCGCAGUACAUCCUACGUGAGUUCAAGGUGACAGAUGCACGGGAUGGCAGCUCGCGCACCCUUAGACAGUUUCAGUUCAUUGACUGGCCUGAGCAAGGAGUGCCCAAGUCUGGAGACGGCUUCAUAGAUUUCAUUGGCCAAGUCCACAAGACCAAGGAGCAAUUCGGGCAAGAUGGUCCUAUCACUGUACACUGCAGUGCGGGGGUUGGUCGCACUGGAGUGUUCAUCACUCUCAGUAUAGUUCUGGAGAGGAUGCAGUAUGAGGGAGUAGUAGACUUGUUCCAGACUGUCAGGAUUUUGAGAACACAGAGACCUGCGAUGGUCCAAACCGAGGAUCAAUAUCAGUUUUGCUAUAGAGCAGCACUGGAGUACUUGGGCUCUUUCGACCAUUACACUAACUGACAGCAACCUGGCCUGGAGUAUUGUGCUUAAAUAGUGUGUGUAGACACUCAGACAGACAUAUCACUCACUUAGUGUAUCACGUAGAGCGUUUGUCUCCCAUUGUUGGAUCCGGCUUGCGACAUUGAACCGUCUCUGUGAGAUGGUGUGGGGGGGGGGAAUCAACCGAACUGUUUCGCUUCUGUGCAUAUGUAAACAAAUACCUUCAGACUUUCCGAUAACAACUAGUGAAUACCACUGUAAUAGCGCGGAUUGAAUUUGAAAUCCAGAUUCUAACCUAUCCUCAUAGAGCUUUAAAAAAAGUGAAAUGAUCAAAAGUGUUACAUAUCUUUUUUUUAAAUGUAUCGAAAUCGGUCCUGUUAAUAAUUAUUGCUAUUGUAAAGAAAUACUCGAAAUAUCAUUCCAAUGAUGAGUGACAAAUCCUUUUUUUGAGGAAUAGAUGCAUUUUUUAAAUAGAAAGGUGUCCAUAUGAUUACAAUGAGUUAGUUAUAGAUAUUUGUAUGUUUGUCGUUAUGUUUUAGAACAUAAGUUGUGCUGACUUCAUAUCAGUGUUUCAUUUAGUGUGAUGAACUUAGGUUAAGACUUUUUUACCCAAAUCACAUGAAACGAUAAAUUAGUUUAGUUUUAAGUUGACGAGAGUUGCUAGCUCUGUGUCAUUGCGCACAUUACAUCGUAUAGUAACAUACGAUUACAUCUAUCUUUUCCCGUUCUUUUUGGGAGACGUGGUCUAAAAUCGUUCAUGUUAGUUUAUGAAAGAAUCGAAUUUAUUUGUCAAGAAGUAUAAAAUAUACAUGACAGUUAUCAGUGAUAUGAAAUUACAAAAUGUAAGAAGAUUUAAAAUGUUAUAUCAAAUCCAACAUUUAAUGUACAGUGUGGUUGUAGAUGAAUAAUGUUAUUUUAAUAUUGUUAAUUUUAAUUAGUUUUAAUACGUUUCAUUAAACAUUUUGGCAGAGUAAAUAGUAUUUACAAUAGUUUUUAUUGUACUAUUUAGAUUUUAUACAUGAUUUUAAGUUUAAUGGCAGACAAUUUAGUAAAUAUUUGCAAAGACAAUACCUAAUAAGAUGUAUUUAUCAUUAAAUUUCUUACAAAAAGUCACAUAAUUAAUAUUUCAAAUGAAAUGACAACUAGUACUUGAAUUUGUUCUGAGACCUAAUUAACAAAUUUUGUAUCUUCAAAAUAAUGUUGUUAUCUUUAGUUUUGAAUGUAUUGUUGUAUGGUGUGAUUAAUUAUACACAAUAAUUAAGUACAGCUUAAUAUUAAAUGCUUUAUAUUCAGAUUUUAUGAAAGAAUCCUGCCAGAAUUUGAGUUUUAGUUAUUUAUUACUGUUAACGUUUUUAUAUCUAGUCAAUAAUGGGUGUAACUAAAGGUACCUAAUUUUUCAACCAUCACUUGUGUAUUACAGAUAAGGCAUUGCAGGACAUUGCUGGUUUAAUUUAUUUUUCAAUAAGUUUUCAGGGAAUAUUCUUUAAUGAAUAUUUUGUUCAAUAUUUCUGGUGAAAUAAAUUGAUAAAAUAAUGGAAUUUGUCUAAUCAAAAUUCAUUUGUAGGUAGUUUUGUGGACCUAUAAGUAAUCACUGUCACUUUUAUGGUUUAAAAAAUUACAAUAUUUAUUAUUACCAUAUUUUAAAUCUCAAUUAUCUAUGCUAGAACAAAUCAAUGAUUUUCUCCCUGCACUAUGGUACAUAUGACUUAUUGAAGGUGAUAUCAUUGAUUGAAAUUUGUUGUUUUGUAGAUAUAGUACUGUACCACUAGUGUUCAUUACAAACUGGAGAUCUGUUUACAAAUAAAAUACACCUUCAGUGCAGUGAUAAUUCUGAAGAGAAAUGUCCUUGGUAAUUUGAUGGUAUGUCUGCUGUAUCAGAUGCUACAAUUAUGGUUGAUAUAAAACCCUUUGAUGUAGCAAUUGACAAUCAUUUCCAUCCUAUCAUUUCCUGUAUUGACUAUGGAUUGGAAUCUGUUCUUUUCGCAAUAUUGUAGAUGUACGGUAGAAACUGGAUCCCUAUGAAUCAAACUACAAGGGGGUACCCAAAAAAAACUAGAAUUUCGGUAUAAUUUCUUUAUUUCUCAAUAUUUUUACAUAAAAUUUUGAUCACCUUCAAAGUAUUCACCAUUGACCAUAGUGCACUUCUCCAAACAAUGCUUUCAAUUAUUCAAAACAUUUCGUAAAUUCCAUAAUCGGGAUGUGCUUUAGGCCUUCCAGUAAUUUUUGUUUUACCUCCUCCACGAUAUCAAAACGCUUUCAUGUCCCUUUUGAGUCUGAAGACAAAAAGAAGUCACAUAAUGCUAGAUCCGGUGAGUAGGGGGGGAUUGACAAUCAGUGUCAUGCCGUUAUGGUCAAAAACUGUGACACGGAGAGGGCAGUGUGAGCCGGCACCAAAGAUCUGCUCUUUUCUUCUGAAUGAUCUUCCUCGAUCUCUUCAAAACCUCCAGGUAUAAAUCCUGGUUGACAGUUUGACCCGGUGGAACGAAGUCUGAGUGCACAACACCUCUGCAAUCAAAAAAACAAAUGAGCAUUGUCUUGAUUUUUUAUUUCACUUGGUGAGCUUUUUUGGGACGAGGAGAACCAGCUGUCUUCCACUGGCUUGAUUGCUGCAUUGUUUCAGGAUCUAUCCAUAGCACCAUAAUUCAUUACCAGUAAUCACCUUGGAAAAAAUUAUGGGUCCUCUUCAAGCUGAUUUUAUAGCUGACAUGCCUGAAGUCAACACUCCUUGCACUACUAUCUGUACUUGCUCGUCUGUGAAAUGACGAGGGACGAAUUUGGCUGCAACCCUUUUCAUGUGCAAAUCUUCAGAUAAAAUCCUCUGAAUUGAACUCCAUGACACUCCAGGUAUCUCACAAAGUUGAUCAAUGGUUCUGUGACAGUCUUCACAAACAAGGGCAUUGAUUUUGUUGACGUUUUCGUCAGUUCUUCAAUCAAUUAAUCAUCAAUCCUUUAUUAACAUUUUCUUUAAGAAAAGCAAUAGAGUCAUAUUUUUUCACAAUAUUGUAAAUUAUAGUACAAAUUUAGGACAGAGCAAGUGAACAUGCAGUAAUUAUUUAACAAAAACAAGAAGGAAAGAAAAAAAGAUAAAACAAAUGAUUUAUGAAGGUAGUGUUCAUGUAUUGUUCCUCCAGUCCAAGAACUCCUUCACUGAGUAGAAUGAGUGUUGCAGGAGCCAGUUGGUUGUGGCAGUCUUCAGUCUAUUCACAGGAAGUCUUUCAAGUGGUCUGGUAGUGAGUUAAAUAAAGCUGCACCUUUGUAUGCAGGAUCUUUCUCAUAAAGGCUGAGAUGGUGAGGAUUCAGGAGGAAGUUAUGCCUGUUUCUAGUGUUGUAUUGGUGCUGGUCCACUAGUCUUGUUUGGUUUGGAACUGACAGCAUACAUGAUGGUCUCGUGUAUAUACAAUGAUGCUACCAUCAAGAUCUUGUGCUCUCUGAAGGCUUCUUUGUAGCUCUCACGACUGUUCAGUCCGGUGAGGGCCCUAAUUGUUCUUUUCUAUAUGACUAAUAUUCUUUGUAAGUUCUGGGCCGUUGUUCAACCCCAGGCUACUAAACCAUAUCUUAAGUACGACUCAAACAGAGCAAAGUAAGCAAUCUUUGCCGUUUGGGGAUCACUUAUUUGUUUCAUUCGUUUGAUGACAUAUAUACUAUGUUGCUGCUUAGUUUUUUUAGUUGAUCUAUAUGGGGUGUCCAUGAAAGAGUAUUGUCAUGGUUGUUCUUAGCUUCAGUAAAAAUUAAUUGUUGUGUUUUAUUUUCAUUUAGAGCAAGAUCAUUCAUGCCACAGUAUUGUUUUAUCAUUUCAAAGGCAAUAAAACUGAGAAUGUCAAGCUGAUCUUUGUUUCUGUUGCCAAGAAUGAGGGCUGUGUCAUCUGCAUAUAAAACCAUUUGACAAUAGUUGAGCAGAAAGAUAGGGAGGUCAUUUGUCAAAAGCAUAAAAAGGAUUGGUCCAAACACAGAGCCUUGAGGUACGCCUCUUUUAACUUCCAGUGAAUUAAAUUUGACUUUGAAUUUUGUGCUUUUGCUCUUGCAGGUUAGUUCAACCAGUUAUUUUCGGCCAGAUAAAUAACUGUUGAACCAUUUAGCCUCUUUGCCUGUUACCCCAAUACGUUGUAAUUUAUUUUAUUAUGAGACUGCGUCCUAAACAGUCAAAGAUCUUGCUUAGAUCCAAUAGUAUAGUUGUAGCAAUAGAUUCGUUUUCAAGAUGGUUUAUCACGGCCUCCACAAGUUGAACAAUGACUGAGGUGGUUGAUCUUCUUUGAUCUGGGCCUAUAGCUGCUAAUUUCUACAGUGCCUCCAUUUUUAUAAUUUGGAUACACUUUUGAUGUUUUAAGGCCUGUUGGGAAUAUGCUCUGUACUAAAGAUUUGUUUAUUAUGUCUACUAUGGGUUCAAUCAGUUCUGCUUUACAGAAUUUAAUAAGUUUGGCUGAAACUUCCUCUGUCACCUGCUUAUGUUUUGGGUUUAAGUGAAUCAAUGAUAGUAUUUACUUCGUUUUGGUCAGUUUUUAUUAGUUUUAGUUUGUUAAUCACUGUCUCUAGUUUAUGAUAUUUUGAUGUUGAAGGCUGUCCAGAUCGGGGUUGGUUUUCAAUUGACAUUUCUCCAUUUUUUAAACGAGUAAGCCACUUCUUGUAAACUUGGGUUUUACUUAAGGCUGCUUCCCCAAAAGCAGUGUUGAACAUUACAAUAGUCUCUGCGGCGGAUUUCCCUAGCAGGAAACAAAAUUUCAGAGCAGCGCGUUUCUCUUGAGAAUCCGCCAUCAUGUUUUUGUCAAAAUGAGAAAAGUUAUUUUACUGAAACAAUUUUCACAGGCGGACCGAUCCACUCACAGUGACACACCUGCACAUACUGACUCAAGAUGUGUGAUCUUGAUGUAUGGCCGGCCUAACAAAGGCUUCCCCAUUCUCACUGCUCAACACAGCCCAAAUUCCCAUUACUUUUGGGUCCCCCCUCGUAGUUUAUUUGACAGUGAUUAUAUACAUGUAUAUUGAAGAUGCCAUUAUUAUAAUUUUGUACAUGAGUUAAUUAUAAAAAAUAUUCAAUUCAUUAACAUCACCAUAAAAAUGCUCACUUUUUAAAUGUUGAAGGUAGUAUGCAAACAUAAAAAUUACAUUAUUUGAAUAAUUAUUACAAUUAUAAGCAUUUAAAAUUUUGUUUAUUUGUGUUUACAUGUUUAAUGUGUUUAUUCUGUAAUGUUUUUCUGAAGGAUCUUUUGUUUAGAAAUAAGUAGUAACCUGUUCAGUGCUAUGAAAGAACUUUUCAGCCCCUAAAGCUAUCAAUCAUAAAACAUAAAGCUGUUAGUUUUUUAAUUAAAUCUUAUAGCUGUAGGACUGAAAUGAAAUAAUAACUCAUUUUUAAAUCUACCUGAAUUUGAAUGGAGUUUGAGCUUACCUGUAAAAUUUGGUAACAAAGUUUGUUUUAGUUUUUUGCAAAUAAUAUGUGAUGUGCAUUCAUCAUAUGCAUUAUUGUUGUUUCAGUCUGUGAUAUUUUUAUUUAAAAUUUUUGUAAAUGUGUCAUUAAAACUUUAAAACUAUUAUUUACAUGUAUUUAACUGUAAACUAUAUCUUUAUAGAUACAGAAAACGGGUUCUAGUCGUUAUUUAUUUCUGUACUUGAAUCCCGUUAAAACCAUAAAAAAAAUAACAAAUUACUAGAAAAGAUAUAUCAAAUUACAUAUUAAAAUUCAAUCAUUAUAAUUUAUGUAUCCACUACAAUGUCAAAAUUGUGACUCUCUAAACUGAUAGUAGGUUCCUUUCCAUUUUUCAAAACUGGAAAUAAACUUUCCUUAAAAUAUACAUGGGGAUAUAGCAGCAUCUCGAGUAAUUUUCAGUUUACAUAUAAGCAAUAUUUCUUGCAGAUAAUGGCACUGCUUUCUGUAGAACAAAUCCUUGGACAUUGGUUUACUAACAUUCUAUACCAAAUGGCUUGAGAGCAAAACCUAGAGUUGAGUGACGUGAAUAAGGUAAACACUUUCCUCUCCUCCAAGUUACCAUGGUCAGAAUCCUCCUCAUUCAUGCACUACUGCAGGCCGUCUCUUAUCAAUCUCCUUACGAUUCUGAACUCUCAAAAAGAAUUUUGGAUGACAUUCUCUAGCUCAAAAUAAGUAUAAAUAAUUAUAACUGUAACCAAAUCACUAGGUUUGUAACCAUUUUUUGUAUGUUUGUGUGUGUGUGUGUGUGUCUGCGCGCGCGUGCGUGCGCGUGCAUGUAGCUGUUCAGAGUCCCUAAUUCUUAAAUUUAUAAGUUACGUCCUUGUAAAUUUGCGUUUUAUUGUUUGUGUUAUUAUGACUUGACUUACAUUGUGAACUUAACAUGUUAUGAAUGAACUUUUAUUACAAACAAUGAAAACUUUUAUACUGUUUAACCCUGGAUCUGGCUGUUGAAUUUCCUGUAAUGUCAGACACUAUUUUGCUAGUUGUGUACGUUCUUUUGACCUAUGUAGAAUUUUUACUAUUGAAGUAACAUACAUACUAUUAUAUACAUUCUUUUUCAGUACAUUGCAGAAACAUUUAUAUGCAGUUGUAUCUGUAUUUGUAUUUCAAUUUAGUAUUUGUUCUGCAUUAUAAAUGAAAAAAAUAAAAGUAAACAAAACAAACUCCAAAGUUAUAUCUUAUAAAAAAAUAAAAACAACUUUUUUAUUAUUUUCCAAAAUUUAGAAAUUUUCCCCAAAAGAGUUUGUAUGCAAAAUAUAAAAAUUGUAUAACUAUAUUUUCUUAAAGAAAAAUACUACAAUUUUGCAUGUUUACCUAAAACUACAUAUUCAUAUUCAAACAUUUUUAGACAUUUUCAAUAUGCUUAUUAUAUUUUGAAACUUUCACUAUUAUAUACUAGUUGAUAGCAAAUUUCACGGUGAAAAGUUUGAUGUCACUUGAUACAAUCAUAGCUCACUCAUAAAAUAAAAAUAAUAAAAUACUACGGACUAGUCAAAACUAAUAGUUUGACAUUACAGAAAUGCUGCAAAUCGUGUGUGCAAUGAAUAUCUUUCUUCAGACCAAAGAGUAAUAAACAGAUGAGGAUGAAAUUCUGAAUGCAGUGAAAUCUUUUUCCUGAACAAAAUUUCCUGCGUCAAAAGUAAAAGACAAAAUUCCGUUAUUUUACUUUCUAUCAAAAGUGGUCAAGCAUAAACAACAAGUUUUUGUAUUGCAACUUUAUACUUUUGCUGCGUACUUUUACACAUUAUUAUUCAAUAAACAAUACAUCACAUUAAACAGUGAAACAUCCAAAUUAUACUGAUAUACAAUUUGUCCUAAUUAAAUCUAAUUUUGUAUAGCAAAAGUUUGAUUAGAUAGAAGACUAUAAAACAACUAGUGACUAGUUGUUUGACAUGGCAGAAACAUUUUUAAGUGACUAGUCUGUAGUCAUUUGAUAUAUCCAUGGUUAAAUAUGAUAUCAAAAGUGGCAUAUUAAAAAAUAUAAUCAUAAAAAAAUAGUAUGAAAUUAGUGUUUUAUUUUUUUAUGAUUAAUUAAAGGUAAGAUUUAUUUUACACUUAAUAGAAUAAAAUAUUUUUCCCUGGUUAUUUCUCAUUUAAUCCUAACAAAUUAGUUAUGAAUUUAUUUAUAUUUUUUUACUUUUCUUAUAUUUGUUGAAACCUUUCACUUAUUAUUGUAAAACUUAAAAUGGCAGUUUGAAUUAGACCUUUUGAAACAAAUAAAAAAAAGAAUUUUUUAUUAUAGCCCUGAUAGGUUCUAAUAAGUAACUCAUCUUCAUGCAAAAUUACAAUUGUGUUAUAUAAAUAGUUUAAGAAUUAUACAUUUCAAAGUAAACAAAAAUUUAAUCAAAAAUGCUUUUGUUUUUAUAGUAUUAUAAAUUUUAUUACUUUGUAUUUUUAUUUUUACACUAUUAUUGCUUUUUAUGGAUUAAUAAAGGACAAACAAGGAAUAACAAAUACAUUUUCAAUAAUACAGAUUUUAUCUGAUUUUUUCCAAUUGUUUUCACAAUAUGUUGACAAAGUUGUCUUAAAGUGGCUUGAAAAAUCAUUUGGCAUGGCACUGAAAGGUGAAGUGUUAAAAAUUUAACUACAAUGAUGUGAUAUAUUUAAGAUUGAAUUUGAUUGUGGUCUGAGAACGGCUGAACACAUCACCCCUUAUUUCGUGAACAGGAUGAUAAAUUAACAUCUGUAUUAGUUGUAAUCUAUUCAAAGAUAAAGGGUUUCAGAAAAUGUUUAAUCUAAAUUGUUAUAAAUUACUAAUUGAUUAUUAUUAAACAAAAGUUUCUUCUACUAUGUUAUAAAGAACAUAGUAGAAUUUAAUUUUCUAAUCUUAAUUGUAUGGUUGCCCUUUCAAGAAAAAUACUUAUGAUUUAGGCUUUAAUAAAAAUUUCUAAAUUUAAACUCAUGCAAAUAAAUGAACCAAGCAUGCGAUGUACAGUGUUAGAUUUGAAUUAACAUAGAAUUUUAUUCGUACAAAUUUCUAUAAUACUAUUAAUAUUGGUGUGGCAAAAAUUAAGUCGGUUCUUAUGGGUUAAUUCUUUGUAUAAAUUAAACUUAUUACAACCCUGAUAUUGCUUCACAAUAAGUGUCAUCUACAUGAGCGACUGCCCAUGCUAAAAUAAUUGGUUACAGCAAUGUGAGAGUUUUUGUAAUGGUCCUAGGGUAAGGUGGAUAUAACCAAUGAAAUCUUCUCGCUAAAAUAUGAAAUUACUAAUUUUUAUUUGAUUUUUAAAUAUUGAACAACCUUGAGAAUGUACAAUUUGUACAAAGAGCAUUUAUUUGUAUUAAGAAAACUGCAUAAUGUUAACCAUGUAGAAUUAAGAUCAAAUAAUUAAUAUAAAAAUAAUUGAUAAUAAAUAAUAUAAUAUAAUAUAAUAAAAUAAUAACAAAUAAAUUGAAUUAUUUUACUGUUCCUUAGUUAGUAGUCAUUAAAUUUACUCACUGCCUUACUAUAAACUGGUUAAUACACAGGGUUAUCUGUAAUGCACCAUAAAUGUUUUGUUAGUACAAUUUUAAAACAAAAAAGUUAUUUCAAUGGUAAAUAUAAUAUAAGGUGACCACAACUCCCAAACUUAAGGUGUUAAUUUGAAUUUUGAUGUGAUCAAGAACGUCUUUUAACUAAGUGGACUCCUGAUAUUAUUUUAGUUGUAAACUAACCUCAUUAAUUGUAUAAGUUUAAGUUUAAGAUUUACACAGAUUUAUUUUGUAUUGUUUUAGUUUAAGGUAUAAUUUUAGGAAAAAAUGUGAAUACUUGACUGGCCGUCUGAUAAUGUAAAACAACUGGAAAAUAUAUUGAAGUUGGUUUUGUA